AUGUCCAAUUUUCGUGAACUGGAUAGUGUGCUGGCUAGAAUUAAUACCAUGAGUUGCGAAUCGCGAGAAAACUGUGCGAUGGUGUCGAGUAAAGGUCGACACGCGCGUCGGCGGAGUGAUUGGCACAAAGCUGAUGACGAGUUUUUCCAAGAAAGUUAUCCAUCUGGUCCCAGCAAUGCCAAUGAUACCGAAGCUGGGUACGAGGAUAUACAGGGUAAAACUCUCAAGAUCGGCGACAUCAGGUACACUGAACGUAUUGAGCUAGAUGAUCGCAUUGCGAAAAUAAAGACACGCGCUGAGCCAAUGGGCAGGAAACGAAUUCUGUUGCGGGAAGCUCGGGAUGAACCAUCGCCACGAAGUGAAAUUGUCGGUCCCAUUUCGGCUCACAGAAAACAAGCGUGUCACAACACACGUAUCUGCUGGCGUGACAAUGCGAAGUUGUUUGUUCCAUUCACUGCGUUGCUUAAAAGCAUCCAGGGUCGGUUUGGCUCCGGCUUAGCAUCCUACUUCAUCUUCAUGCGCUGGCUUUUAGCUUUGAAUCUGGUUAUGAGUCUUUUCAUGCUUCUGUUUGUGGUACUUCCUGCUAUUUCGGGGAAUGCAGAAUCCGGCAGUAUCUGCAACAAAAGGGAUCCAUUCUCUGCUGAAUGCUGUCAUGAAACAUAUGAAAACUCAACAUUGGUGUCUACCGGAUUUGAUGCAGUCUUUGACUUCGCCACGGGCACGGGCUGGCUGGAGUUGACUCACUUAUUCUAUGGGCAUUACCCGAAUGUGAAUGUUCGGUUGCAGUUCCUCGAGUGGACCUACGUUUUUCCUCUCGCAUACAUUCUCACUUGUUCCUGUUGUUUCCUGGUGUCGUUCAUGUGGAUCGUGUAUGAAGCCGCAAAGGGUUUCCGUGAGAGUUUAGUAAAUGAAAAGGGGAGUUUCCACGUGUAUUGCAACGUCGUUUUCGCUGGCUGGGAUUUCAGCAUAAAGAGUCCCAAAUCCGCCGCAGUGGAACACAGUGUCAUCACAAAUGAGUUGAAAUCUUUGUUGCACGCGGAAAUUAUUGCCGAAAAGAGGAAGAGCAUGCAGUCGUCGGAGCGAUGGAAGCUUCGAUUCAAGCGAAUGUUCGGGCAUUUUUGUGCUACUGCAACGUUGUUCGGAUCGGGUUUUGCAAUUUAUUACGCAAGCAAGUUGGGUUUAGAAAAUGCGAGGAUAAGCGACGGAAAUCAAACGAAAGAAGAAAUCGCUGGGAUCGAGGUGCCAGAUUUCGUGAUGGAAUAUGUUCCUAGUGUGACGAUCACGGUUCUCAACGUGGUCAUUCCUCCUUUGUUCGGCAUCCUGAGUGUGUUCGAAGGCUACUCACCCGAUCAACAAGUCAAUUUUCAGAUUCUCCGUACUAUCGGACUCCGUUUGGCAUCGAUAUUCUUUCUGAUGGCGUCCUUCUACUCAAUCAUGUGUCCUGCUGGUUCUUUUGAAUGUACUGGAACCAAAUGUAAAGCGCCUCCCUGUUGGGAAACUUACGUUGGUCAAGAAUUGUACAAACUGGUCUGGGUCGACCUGGUGUUUUCCUUGGCCAUGGUCUUCAUUGUUGGAAGUUUGCGAAAAGUCGUGUCUUCCGCGAUUCCUUUGUUGCAGGUGGAUUUUGACCUGCCUCGUCAAGUGGUUGACCUGGUGUAUUCGCAGUCCUUGUGCUGGUUGAGUAUCUUGUUUUCUCCGCUGGCGCCGUUGUUGCACGUGCUCAAGUUCCUCGUGGUCUUUUAUGUUAAGCAGUUCCACUUGAAAGUCAUCUGCGCUCCUUCGCUACUACUCUACAGGGCUUCCAAGUCGAAAGCACUCUUCAUGGGCGCCCUGUUGCUCUCGUUCCUCGCCGUCACCCUACCCAUUGGGCUCUUGGUCCUCGAAGUGCCACCAUCUCGGUCCUGUGGCCCGUUCCGUGGCCGAACCCACAUGUGGGGUGCUGUGGUGGACUCCAUCAAGGAAUGGCCAGUGUGGAUCAAGGCUGUUUUCGGGUUCCUCACCACUGCCGGGUUUGUGGUGCCGGCCUUGAUUGUGCUCAUUUUGUGUUUGUAUUAUUAUUACGCCAUGGCGGCGGCGCAUCGUUCGAUGGUGUCGCGGCUGCAGGAUCAGUUGAUCCUGGAGAACAGGGAUAAGCAGUUUUUGAGGGAGAAGUUGGAGGCGUUGAAGAAAUCGACGGGUCGAAGCAGCGUUGCUGAAGCUACCCCUUUACGGUCGACGUGA